AUGUCGCCUUCUCCCCUUCCUGUUGACAACGCCACGACUUCCUUUUGGAGGUCAGAGCCGCAUCCUCUCGAUAACCAUCGCUCAACACCCGAACUCCCUGCCCAAGUCGACAUUGCCAUUAUUGGUGCUGGCUACGCAGGCGUCGCGACAGUCUAUCAUAUUCUCGAGCAAUGCAAAGCUCGAGGCGUUCCUGCGCCCAAGAUUGCGAUUUUUGAAGCACGCCAAGCUUGCUCGGGAGCCACCGGGCGUAAUGGCGGCCAUUUGAAGCCCGACCCGUACAACAGACCAGCGAAUCUUCUGGCUACUUACGGCAUCGAAGCUGCAGCUGAGGCUGCAAAGUUCGAGGCCAAGAAUCUUGCUGCUGUCAAAAAGACUAUCGAGCAAGAGGGCGUCGACUGCGACUUUGUCUAUACCCGUGCUGUUGAUGCGCUUAUGUCAGAUGCCAUACUGGACAAGAUAAAAGCGGGAGUAGAUGCUCUCAGACAGAAUGGCGUUUCCGUUAUGCAAGAUGUUUAUUUUGCUCAAGGUGCUGAAGCUGAAAGGCUAUCAGGUGUCAAGGGAGCCAAAGGCUGCUUUUCUUACACGGCAGGCCACUGCUGGCCAUACAAGCUCAUUCUCCAACUGCUGUCCAAGGCUGUUGAUGCCAAUGUCAAUCUGCAGACCAACACACCAGUCACUGCAGUUACUGAAAAGCCUGACAAGGAUAGCUAUCUGACAUUGAUGACUCCUCGCGGUUCGGUUCGCGCUGCAAAGAUCAUCUUUGCGACUAACGCGUACACAUCGUCCAUCUUAUCCGAGUUCGCGGAAAAGAUCGUCCCAGUGCGGGGCAUCUGCAGUCACAUCAAGCCCGCCAAGACCCCGGCGUCUUUACUACCCAACUCAUACAUUAUUCGCUGGUCUGAUACCAAGUACGAGUACCUGAUCCCCAGGCUUGACGGUAGCAUUAUUGUUGGUGGGGCACGAUCAGUGUACUACCAUGAUCUGCCGAGCUGGUACAACAAUGCCAACGAUGACCAGUUAAUUGAGUCUGCGAAGAAUUACUUCGAUGGAUAUAUGCAGCGCGUAUUCCACGGGUGGGAGGGUAGUGGCGCGUAUACGUCCAAGGUUUGGACUGGAGUUAUGGGCUACUCAUCUGAUGGCUUACCCCAUGUCGGUGCUGUCCCUGGAAGACAGAAUCAGUAUAUGCUUGCUGGCUUCAACGGACACGGUAUGCCGCAGAUCUUCCUGUCAGCGAAAGGCGUGGCAUCUAUGGUGAUGGAGGGCUUGAGCUACGAGAAGACAGGUAUACCAAAACUCUACAAGGCUACUCAGGAAAGGCUGGAUAGUCCCAACAACGCUAUACUGGACACAUGGAAGACCGUGCAGAGGAGAGAAGGAGCAAAAUUGUAG